ACAGAUCGUCCAAUGGAAAGUCGGUUAAAAUUUCAAAUGCGCUCAGUCAGUCAGUCAGUUAGUUUCAGUAGCGCCGCGGUUUAUCGUUAAUGGAUGGAGCGAAAAUGACAGAAGAAUCCGCUGUAAAAGUUUGCGUUAGGGUCAGACCCCUUAUUAAAAGGGAGGAGUCUGAGAGUUCAGAGCCAGUGCAGCUCUUCUGGAGAGCCGAUAAACAGGCCAUCCAUCAGCUGGACGAAGAUGGCGCUCCAACCAAGAGCUUCAGCUUCGACCGAGUGUUCAGCGCUGCAGAGACCACCGCUCAGCUCUACCAGGACAUCGCCAAGCCCCUGGUCGUGUCUGCAGUCGAAGGCUAUAACGGCACGAUAUUUGCCUAUGGACAGACGUCAUCCGGAAAGACUUUCUCCAUGAUGGGAAGCGAGCACAACCCUGGAGUGAUUCCUCUCGCCAUGGCCGACGUCUUCAAAACUAUCAAAAAUUUUCCGAAGAAGGAGUUUCUCCUGCGCGUGAGUUAUAUGGAGAUCUACAACGAGACGGUCACAGAUCUGCUCUGCGACAGCUGGAAAAGAAGGCCUCUGGAGAUCCGGGAAGGGAACUAUAAAAACGUGUACGUGGCCGAUCUGACCGAAGAGAUGGUGACGUCUCCGGAACAAGCCCUGUCCUGGAUCACCAAAGGAGAAAAAAACCGGCAUUAUGGGAAAACUAAAAUGAACCAGCGCAGCAGCCGCUCUCACACCAUUUUCCGCAUGAUCCUGGAGAGCCGUGACCGAAGCGAUCCGGCGUCUGGGGAGAACGCUGAUGGAGCCAUCAUUGUGUCACAUCUGAACUUGGUGGAUCUUGCCGGAGCUGAGCGGGCGAGUCAGACGGGAGCUGAGGGAGCUCGGUUAAAAGAAGGGUGCAACAUAAACCGCAGUCUGUUCAUACUGGGUCAAGUCAUUAAGAAGUUAUCCGAUGAGAGUCAGAAGGGCUUCGUGAAUUACAGAGACAGUAAACUGACCCGAAUCCUGCAGAACUCUUUGGGUGGAAAUGCAAAAACUGUGAUUAUUUGCACCAUCACGCCCGCCACUGUGGACGAGACCGUCAGCACUCUACAGUUUGCGAGUGCUGCGAAGCGCAUGAAGAACGACCCUCACGUCACGGAGGUCUCUGAUGAAGGCGCGCUCCUGAAAAGAUACCGCAACGAGAUUGUUGAUCUUAGACGCCGUCUGCAAGAGGUGUCCUCUGUCACUCAAACGACUGAAACCGAGCGAGAGUCGCUGUGUCAGCUCCUGCAAGAGAAAGACCAGCUCCAGAGAGAUCAGCAGGACCGGAUCAAGAACUUGACCAAGUUGCUAGUUACUGCCUCAAACUGCGCCCUGAUCCCGAAGGUUCCCAAGCGGAGAGUGACGUGGGGGGGGAAACUGCUGAGAUCUGCACAUCUGCUGGAGGAAGACUUCGGCUCGACUGACAUGAGCUUCGCUGAGCCGUACAUCAAGAAGAGGAGAGCCGACUGCUCUCUGCCUGAAGAGGGAGAGGAUAUGGAUGAGUUCGACAGCCGCUUCGACUUCACUGCUAUGGAUGAACCCAACAUGGACAUGGAGAUGAGCAGCAUCACGGUCCGCAGCUCCUCGGAGGGGGGUAAUUUCCUCGACUCUCCCCGAGCGAACGAGCUCAUGGUGAAGGUGGCGUCUCUGGAGCGCCAGCUGGACGCCGAGACUCAGAGCAAAUGCAGAGCAGAGGAGAUGAGCGCUGAGCUCCAGCUGAAGGUCUCUGAGCUGGAGGACAAGCUGGAGGCUCGAUCCACGCCGUCAGGACAGGACCAGACCCUCUCUGAGCUGGAGGAGCUGCAGCGGCGCCUGGAGGCGCAGGUUCAGGAGAGACGGAGAGCUGAGGAGAAGAGCGUCGCACUGGAGCUGAAGCUGGCAGAGCUGGAGAAGCCUUCAGAAGCCCUCCUUCGCUCACAGAACACCUGUGAACAGCUGAAGAGAGAUCUGGAAGAGGCCAUUCAGCUCUGUGAGACUGUUGGGUUUGAGAAAGAUGCUGUUAUAGCCGAGCGAGACCUGGCCAAACACACGCUGGAUCAGCUGACCUCAGACCUGGAGCGUGUGAAGGCAGAGAAGGACUCACUUCAGAAAGACAAGGACGCCCUGCAGAAGGACAUCGAGGAGAGGAGAGAUGCAGACGAGUUCGAGAAACUGGAGGAGGAGAGCAAGAGAGAGUACGAGAGGGAAUUAGAGUCCGAGAACUCCAGACUGAAGCAGGAUUUAAAGCGAUCUGAAGAAAUGAUCCAACAGCUGAAGGCCGAUCUGGCGAUGAUGUCAUCCGAGCUCCAGAAGAAGACCGCUAUGACCGCUGAGCUUCAAAGAUUUAGCGACAAGGAUCUCGUGCAUGAAGUGACGUGUCUGAGGCGCUCUCUGGAUGAUGCGGAGACUCUCAGUUUGGAGACGAAGAAGGAAUGGGCCUUCCUGCGGAGCGAGAACAUCUGCCUCAAAGAGAGAGACGUGACCCUGACCACAGACCAUGAGAAGAUGGAAGCUGUGGUGAAGACGCUUCAGGACAAGCUAGAGCUGGAGAAAUCUCGCUUCAAGAAGAUGCAAACCGAUCUUCAAAGGGAACUGAUGGGAGCCUUCGACGAGAACACCAAACUAACGGCUCUGCUGGACGGGAAAGUGCCAAAAAAUCUGACCGAUAAUCUGGUGUUGGAGAAAACGCUGUGUGACGUGCGUAAGGAGCUUGACCAGAGUCUCGAGAGGGAGCGACGUCUGCAGAGCAAGACGGAGGAGUUCGAGACGCUCUCUGUUAAAGUGGAGGAAUUACAGACACAGGUGUGUGUUCUGUCAGAAGAGCUGAGUUCUGCUCGAGAGGAGCGAGACGCUCUGAUAUCUGCUCAGUCCAGUGUGAGAGCAGGAGCCGGUGAGACGUGUGUGUCUGUGGAUCCGCUGCUGGAGACGGAGAGCGAUCUGGUGGAGGCUCAGCUGAAGGAAGCAGAACUGACCCGACAGCUCACAGAGACUUCAGAACGCCUCCAGAACAUCCAGACGGACCUGCAGCUCGAGACGCAGGCGAAGCACACACUGCUGGCGGCACUGGAGGAGGCCACGCAGAAGUCGCUGCAGCUGAGCUCCGAGCUGGAGUGUGUGUGCGGCGAGAGAGACGCGCUUCGGUCUGAGAUGCAGCGAGUUCAGAGUGAGCCGGAUGAGAUGGAGAACCUGCGACGCACCAUCAUCUCCAAAACUGAAGAGCGAGAGCAGAUGCAGGAGAUCCUACAGGCCCUGAGAGACGAGAGGGACCAGCUCAAGAGCGACCUGGAGGACAGUAAUGGGAUGCUUAUGCAGGUUCAGCAGGAACGCAGCGGCCCAAUGAUUGACACACAUCAUGAUGAACUCCUCCAGCAGAUGCAGCUGCUCAAGGAGGAUCUGGAGACCGCCACCGCGGAGAAGAGCCAGCUGAAGUCUGAUCUACAGGACAAUGUGGAAAUGAUGAUUGAAAACCAAGAUGAGCUGAGAGGAGCUCUUGAGAAGGUGAAAGGUCUUCAGAACGCUUUACUAGAGCUGGAGUCUCAGCGGACGCUCAUGGAGUCCAAACUCUCUGAACACACAUGUGAGAUGGAGAAGAUGAAGGCCAGCAUCACCUCGCUGACGGAGGAGAGAGAGCAGAUCCAGCAAACCCUGAGGAGAGAACAGCAGGACCGAGACCAGACGAUGGCCCAGCUGAAGACAGAGCUCCAGUCUGUGUGUGCCGAGAGAGACCGAGUGUCCUCUGAGAGGAUCGGAGACGUGGAUCACAUGGACCGGAUGAUCUCUGUGACUGAGGAACGGGAUCGGCUCCUGGAGUCUCUUCAACAGCUCACACACGAGAGCGAGGCGCUCAAGAGAGAUCGGCAGAUGCAGGACGAGACGCUGGUGGAGCUGCGAGAGCGUCUGCUGUGUGAGGAGAACGAGAGCGGUCUGGAGGAGUUGCAGAGCAGCCUGGCCUCCGUCAGUGAAGAGCGAGAGCAGCUCCUGGAGAUCCUGAAGCUCAACCGAGAGGAGAAGAACCAGCUGAGGAGAGACCUGGAGGAGAAGGACCAGAUCAUGCUGCAGCUUCGUGAGGAUCUUCUGUCGUCUUCUGAGAGAACCGGAGAGCAGCAGGAGACGCUAGCGGCGAUAAAGACAGCUGAAGCUAGCGCUCUGGCUGAAGCUGAAGCUAACGUUAGCGCUCUGACUGAGGAGCGAGACCGGCUCCUGGAGUCUCUGCAGGUCCUCAGAGACGAGAGAGAACAGCAGGAGACGCUAGCGGCGAUAAAGACAGCUGAAGCUAGCGCUCUGGCUGAAGCUGAAGCUAACGUUAGCGCUCUGACUGAGGAGCGAGACCGGCUGCUGGAGUCUCUGCAGGUCCUCAGAGACGAGAGAGAGCAGAUCCAGAAAGAGCAGCAGGAGAAGAGUGAGAUGAUGGAGCUGUUGAGGCAAGGGCUUCUGUCCGCGUGUGCCGAGAGAGACCGCCUGAUGUCAGAGAGAGACGCUGCAUGCAACCAAUCCAGCCCCUCCGUCAGUGUGACAUCACUGAGUGAGGGAGGAGACCUUCAGGAGAUCCUGCAGGGCGUCAGAGAGCUGAUCCAGGUCCAAGGAGAGCUCAAACAGAAGAAACACCAGGAGUCAGAUCCCAUGAGCCACAAAGCUCAACUUCAGCAGAUUCAGGCCCUGACGGAGGAGCUGGAGUCUCUGAGGAGUCGGAGAGAGCGGAUCCAGAAGGACCUUCAGGAGGCGGCAGCGACUUCUAAAAUGUAUCAGGAUUUGCUCCAUGUGAGUAAGGAGGAGCUGAAGCAGCAGCAGAAAGAGAAGGCCGAACUGAUGGAGCGGAGCGCAGUGAACGAGGCACAGCUUCAGCAGAGGUUGAGUCAAAUGAGUGAAGAUCUGUCGGCUUUGAGUGCCGUACGAGACCAGCACAACACCGAGAUCCAGACCCUCCAAACAAACCUCACCUCGCUUACAGAAGAGAAGGAUGAGCUCCUGGAGACACUGAGGAGAACGAGGGAGGAGCGAGAACAACUGAGACACGAUCUUCAGGAGAGUGAGCACACGAGAAACCGUCUGAGCGAGGAGCUCGAGUCUCUCAGUGGAGUGACUGAUCAGCUGGAGAACCAGAAGACUCACGCUGAGCAAGUCCUCGAGUCUUUAAGAGACGUCACAAAAGAGAGGGAUCAGCUUAGACGAGAACUGGAGGGAAAGCUGGAGAAGCUGACACACAUCGAGUCUAAAGCAGAGCAACUGGAGAAGCAGAAGAUCCUGCUGGAGUCUGAAGUCCACUCGCUCAGUCUGUCUCUCACUGAGGUGAACGCUAGCGUGUCGGAUCAGAGUAACACGCAGUCCAAACACCGAUCUGCACAUCUGAUUUCUGAGAUUGAUGCGUCCGAGGAGAAGCUGCAGGCGGCCUUUGCGAAGCUCCAGCUGAUCGUGGAUCGUCCCACUGAUGCGUUACACGACGUGAACCGUGACGAAUGGGCCGUGAUCUAUCCGCUGGUCCAGUUCAUUCCAGCGGCGCAGAGAAACGUCCAUGCGAUGCACACAACAAAAACCACUAGACUGAACAACGUGCUGAUCAAGAUUGCGGAGGCGUACAGGAGACUAGCGCAGCGCUGCAGGACUCACUUCGAGACGGAGGUCCAGCGUGACGUGGCCUCGUUCGAGGAGUCUCGACUGCAGGACCUGCUGGUUCUCACGGCUCGGGCUCCGGCACAGGCUUCACCCGCACUUCAGGACGACCUACAGCAGGUCUGGGAUCAGAGACUGUCACAUCUGGUGGAAAGACGACAACAGUUCCUGCAGAAAUUGGAGUGUGUUCUGAGGGUUCUAGAGGACGGUGUAGCCAAACACUCGGUGCUCGUGUCAGAGGAGCGUCAGCACAGGACGCGUGCGCUCUCGGAUCUCACGGCUCUGCUAACGUCUCCUCAGUCCGCCGCUAUCGUACAGCUCCACGAGCAACAGAUCGCGCGUCGCACUAAAGCCAUCGAGCUUCUGAAUGCACAUUAUAUUGCUCUGUUGAACGACUGCGAGUCUGAGAUCUCGCCGCUCAUAUCAUCGUCGUCUGAGUCUGAGCGGCGGCUGAAGGAUCUGAGAAGAGAGACUGUAACUCUGCUGAAAGCGCUAAACGGCACCCUUCCCAAAGCUGAGGCUGAACUCCUGCAGGACAAUCUCAGUCUGACGCUGCGACUGCAGCAAACGCAGAAGCAGAUGGAGGAGGUUCUGGAGCAGACGAAGGGCCUGAAGCUUCAGGCAGAUUCUGCACACCGGACACAUCUCCAGCUCCAGGAGCUCGCUGCCCAGCUGAAGCAGAAGCAAGGCCUCAUUCACAACCUGGAGGCUAAACUUAAAGAGUCAGAGGUCCUGUUUAAGAGGAACAUGACUCCGGCUGCCGCUGAACUCGCCGGCUUGAAGGACAAACUCGUCAAAAUGGAGCUGGAUCACAUCGCUGUCUCCACGAGCCAUGAGAAGGAAAUGGCCCAGAUGAGCUCCAUGUUGGAGCACAGAGCCGACGUGAUCCGCAAGCUGAAGGAGAGCCUGAGGAAGAUGCAGCAGGACGACGAGCAGUCAUUCGCAGACGGUGACGAGUUUGUCAUGAAUUUGGGCUCAAACACCAGAGCGGUCUCAUCCCUCAAGGAGAAGAUGGAGGAGCUUCAGAAGAAGAACGCUCAGUUAGAGAGUCUGGUGAGCAAGCAGCAGGAGGAGCUCCACAAGUGGAAGCGGCGAGCGUAUAAGAUCAAGGAGAGCGUGAGAGACGCUCCAUGCACUCCGAAGAAGCGUCAGCCGCCCCUGAGCGAGACCGAGCUCAACUCCCCGAAGAGAGCCUUCCUCGACUCGCCCAAGAGCAAGAUCUUCGACUCGCGCUCCAGCGCUCCCCUCGCCCUCAGCCGGCCCACGCAGUUCUUCGACAACUCCAGCCUCGGGACCGUGCCAGAGUCCAGCGCCGGCGUGGGAUCGAGCGCCGUAACUCUCGACGACUGGUGGCAGAUUCCCAGCGCUUCUCCCUCGGAGCCCGACGCUGAUGCUAACGUGAAUGCUAACGCCUGUCCGACGCAGUGAUGACACCGAUGC